AUGACUGGUCUGCGUGGCUCUGGAGGUACCUAUGGAGUUGUAUAUAAGGGUAGACAUAAAACUACAGGUCAAAUUGUAGCCAUGAAGAAAAUCAGACUAGAAAGUGAAGAGGAAGGGGUUCCUAGCACUGCAAUUCGGGAAAUUUCUCUACUAAAAGAACUUCGUCAUCCAAAUAUAGUCAGUCUUCAGGAUGUGCUAAUGCAGGAUUGCAGGUUAUAUCUCAUUUUUGAAUACCUUUCCAUGGAUCUUAAGAAAUACUUGGAUUCUGUAGUGACUCUCUGGUACAGAUCUCCAGAAGUAUUGCUGGGUUCGGCUCGCUAUUCCACUCCAGUUGACAUAUGGAGCAUAGGCACCAUAGACUAUAAGAAUACAUUUCCCAAAUGGAAACCAGGAAGCCUAGCAACUCACGUCAGAAACUUGGACGAGAAUGGCUUGGAUUUGCUCUCAAAAAUGUUAGUCUAUGAUCCUGCCAAGCGAAUUUCUGGCAAAAUGGCACUGAAUCAUCCAUACUUUAAUGAUUUGGACAAUCACAUUAAGAAGAUCUAG